AACUGCUCCUGGAGGCUCCUAACUUCAGCGACGCUUGUAGCUCUCAGUUGCUCCGUACGUGUCCUAGCCGCAGCCCACAGGGGCAGAGAUGGCGUCCAAAUCUCCAAAGAAAGCCAAUCUCUUAGAUCUCCAUUCCAUCAAGAACCUCCUCGACGAGUCUGCCUCUGAGAUUGUUAAGAGUCGUGGCUAUGUGGAAGACGUGAGAUUGAGCAACAUUAGGCUCUUCCUUGGAACGAUCAUAAUCAUCAUUGCUCUGUUCGCCCAGUUUUACAAGAAGAAAUUUCCUGAGAACCGGGAUUUUCUCAUUGCUUGCAUCGUGUUGUAUGUAGUCUUCAAUGCGUUGUUGCAGCUGAUCAUAUACACUAAGGAGAAGAAUGCAAUUCUGUUUACUUAUCCUCCUGCCGGAUCCUACGUUGGUACUGGUUUGAUAGUCUCCUCCAAACUGCCUCGAUUUUCUGACAUGUACACACUAACCAUUGCAAGUGCGGAUCCAAAAUCAAUUUCUGCGAAUGACCCGGUGCAUUUAACCAAAAGUGUUACUCAGUGGUUCACUAAGGAUGGGAUUUUGGUGGAGGGCCUGUUCUGGAAAGACGUUGAGGCAUUGAUAGAUCAAUAUACUAAAGAACCAAAGAAGAGCAAGUGAUGUGGAGAGGGCAAUGAUUUUGGCAGUGCACAUUUUGUGGGAUUAAUAUUAUAUCUGGACGAGUUUACAAACGUUGAAGUUUAUAACUGUAGAUUUCUUAGAUUUUAUAAUGGAAUUAUGGGAAUAAAACCCUCGUUAGAACGAUGAAUCUCGAUAUGGUUUGCCUUAUGC